CGGGGGCGGGCUCGGCGUGUGGCCCCGCCCACUCCGGGCCGGUGCUGGGUGGGAGGGCGGUGCCCGAGCCGCGGCGGCAGCUGCUCAGAUGCUUUCCAGGAAGAAAGGAGAAACACCGUGGUGAUGCCAGCAUCUUUAAGCCAGAGUCUUCUCCAUCUGCUUUCUAUCUGCCUGGGAUUCCUGGACAUUUCUGAGUAAAGGAAGAUGCUGUAGGUGGUGACCACACUUGCCCAGGUCACCGUGUGGGCUGACAUCACCCCGGUGGGGCUGCCAGGUGGGGCAGAGGAGAACUGGUGGCUGUUGAGGGAAGCUGCCUUCUGUCCUCCGUUUGAGAAGAAGCUGUCCAUGUUCACACUGGGUGAGGUGAAGCCAGGAUGACAGAGUCCUACGUGAAGAAGCUGUCCGCCAUCCUGCUGGACGCCGUCACCGACAAGGACCCUCUGGUACAGGAGCAGGUGUGUGGCGCCCUGUGCGCCCUUGGCGAGGCACAGCCAGAGGAAGCACUCGGCGCCUGCGAGGAGUACCUGUGGCAGCAUGAGAAGUUGGCACAUCCUUACCGGACGAUGAUCCUGAGGGCCAUGGAGACGGUUGUGAGCGGGCACAUCAGUGAGUUGCACAAGGACAAGGCCGGGGCCAUCAUCCUCCUGGCCUCCAGCGAGAUGACCAGGGCGAAGGACUUGGUUUGUGACUGGCAGCAGGCCGCCAGCAACGUCCUGGUGGCUGUUGGGAAGCGGUUCAUUGGCAAGGUGAUGGAGGAGCUGCUGAGCAAGUUCCAGCCUGGGGCCCUGCCACACUACUUCGUGGUGCAGACCCUCGCCAACCUCGCGGCUUCCAAUGUGUUUGGCAUGGUGCCCUUCCUGACGUCCAUCCUGAGCACCAUGCUGCCCAUGCUGGGCAUGGCCAAGCACGAUGCAAUGAGGGUGGCGUUCUGCUGCGUUCUGCAGCACUUCAGCGAGAGCACUCUGGAGUACCUGGCCAACCUGGACCAAGCCCCAGACCCCACGGUCAGGAAGGACACCUUUGCCACGGACAUCUUCAGUGCCUACGACAUCCUCUUUAACCACUGGCUGCAGAGUCGCGAAGCCAAGCUCCGGCUUGCUGUGGUGGAGGCCCUGGGGCCCAUGAGCCACCUGCUGCCUAGCGAGAAGCUGGAGGAGCAGCUCCCCAAGCUCCUGCCUGGAGUCCUGGCCCUCUACAAGAAGCACGCCGAGACCUUCCACGUGUCCAAGAGCCUGGGCCAGAUCCUUGAGGCUGCGGUGAGCGUGGGCAGCCGCACACUGGAAGCCCAGCUGGACUCACUCCUGGCCGCUCUGCAUGCUCAGAUCUGCGUGCCCGUGGAGUCAUCCAGCCCCCUGGUGGUGAGCAACCAAAAGGAGGUGCUACGCUGCUUCACCGUGCUGGCUUGCUGUGCCCCUGACCGCUUACUGGCCUUCCUGCUGCCCAAACUCGAUACCAGCAACGAGAGGACCCGUGUGGGCACCCUGCAGGUGGUGCGGCAUGUCAUCAACUCGGCCGCUUCUCAGAUGGAAGUUAAGAAGCCCUUUAUUCUCUCCUCCAUGAGGCUUCCUCUUCUGGACACUAACACCAAGGUGAAGCGGGCCGUGGUGCAGGUGAUCAGCGCCAUGGCCCACCAUGGCUACCUGGAACAGCCUGGCGGAGAGGCGAUGGUGGAGUACAUUGUGCAGCAGUGUGCACUCCCUCCCGAGACGGAGCCUCGGAAGCUGGGUCCCGACAGCGAGGACCUCGCAGCGGACAGUGUGCGGGCUAUCAGCAUCAGCACCCUCUACCUGAUCAGCACCACCGUGGACAGGAUGAGCGACGUCCUCUGGCCCUACCUGCUCGAGUUCCUCACACCUGUGCGCUUCACUGGGGCGCUGACCCCGCUCUGCAAGAGCCUGGUGCACCUGGCCCAGAAGAGGCAGGAGGUGGGGGCCGAUGCCUUCCUCAUCCAGUACGACAGCAACGUGACCCUCCCUUCGCCCUACGCCAUCACCACGAGACUUCUGACUGUGUCUUCCAACCCCUACCUGGGGGACGGCCGUGGGGCUGCCUCGCUGCGCCUCUUGAACGUCCUGCAUCACAGCAUUCACCCUUCACUGGGGCAGCGCUGGGCGACCACCAUUCCCCUGCUGCUGGAGCAUCUGGAUGAAUGUACUGAAGAAACCCUGUCCCAGAAGGAGUGGGAGGAAAAGCUGCUGGCGUUCCUUCGGGACACUCUGGCUGUUGUGUCUGACAACACGUGGAUCUGCCAGCUGAGCCUGGAGAUGUGCAAACAGCUGUCCUGCUACGGCGGGGAGCCCCGAGAGAAGAACUUCCUGUAUAAAUGCAUUGGAACCACGCUGGGUGCCACCUCAAGCAAGGACGUAGUGAGGAAGCAGCUGCAGGAGCUGCUGGAGACAGCCAGACACCAGGAGGAGGCUGAGCGCGAGGGCCUUGCCCGUUGCUUUGGGAUCUGUGCCAUCUCUCACCUGGAUGAUGUCCUGGCCCAGCUGGAGAACUUCAUGAGGUCGGAUGUGUUCAGAAAAUCCACCGGCAUUUUCAACAUUUUCAAGGACCGAAGUGAGAACGAGGUGGAAAAGCUGAAGAGCACCCUGAUCCUGUGUUACGGCCACGUGGCGGCACAGGCCCCCCGGGAGCUGGUGCUGCCCAAGGUGGAGUCUGACAUCCUCCGGAACAUAUUCCAGUACUUCAGCACCAAGGUUCUGGGAAUAAAGGUAGAGACCAAGGACCCGGCCCUGAAGCUGUGUCUUGUCCAGAGUGUGUGCAUGGCCAGCCAGGCCAUCUGCGGCAGCGCACAGGCCAGCUCCUUCCACUUCUCCCGGAAAGCGGAGCUGGUGGCUCAGAUGAUGGAGUUCAUCAAGGCAGAGCCGCAAGACUCCCUGAGAACACCCAUUCGGAAGAAGGCCAUGCUCGCCUGCACUUACCUGGUCUCCCUGGAGCCAGUGCUGGAUGAGCAGGUGCAGGCGGACAUGGUCCACAGCUGUCUGCACAGUGUCCUGCCUGUGCCGCCUGAGCCCGAGGGGGGGGAUGACCACCAGGAGUCCCUGUACCUGGACACCAUGCACACCCUUGAGGACUUGCUGAAGAGCCUCCUUCGGCGAAACAUGACCCCCCAGGGCCUGCAGAUCAUGGUGGAGCACCUGAGCCCGUGGAUCAAGUCCCCACGAGGCCAUGAGAGGGUGCGGGCACUUGGCCUGAGUGCCUGCCUGCUGCAAUACUUCCUGGAGCACCUGAACGUCAGCGCCCUGGUGCCCUUCCACAACCUUGGCCUCCUCAUAGGCCUCUUCUCUCCUCGGUGUGCGGACUUGUGGCCUGCCAGCCGCCAGGAGGCUGUGAGCUGCGUGUACGCCCUGCUGUACCUGCACCUGGGCUACGAGGGCUUCUCCCGUGACUACCGGGAUGAUGUGGUUGAGCGGCUCCUCAGCCUCAAAGAAGGCCUCGUGCACCCCGACCCUGCCACCCUCUUCCACACCUGCCACAGCAUAGCCCAGAUCAUUGCCAAGCGCCUCCCGCCAGAGCAACUCAUCAGCCUCUUGCUGACUAUGUUUGAGGGUCUGGGAGACCCCGACAAGAACUGUUCUCGGGCCGCUACGGUCAUGAUCAACUGCCUGCUGAAGGAGCGAGGCAACAUGCUCCUGGAGAAGGUGCCCGAGAUCGUGAGCAUGCUCCGCUCAAAGCUGCAGGAGACGCAGGAGGAGUACGUCCUGCAGGCCGCCCAGCACAGUGUGUACCUCCUGGCGUCCCAGCACUGCGCCGCCGUGGUGUCCAGCCUCCUGGGCAGCCCCCUGCCCUUUGACAGCCACACCUGUACCCUGUGGCGGGCACUGGCCGUGGAGCCUGGCCUCACCACGCAGGUCCUGGGGCUGCUCCUGGAGAAGAUGAGCAGGGACGUGCCAUUCAAGGAGACGCGGGCCUUCCUGCUUAGCAGCUCUCCGGGCCGUGUGGCCACACUGCUGCCCCUUGCGGCCACGUGUGCGCUGUAUGAGGUCAUGAGCGUGCUGGCAUCCGGGCCCGCGGUGCUUGAGCUCUACCCACAGCUGUUCACGGCUCUCCUGCUGCGCAUCAGCUGCACGGUGGGCGUCGUGCUGCCGCGGACUCUGCAGGCCAAGGAGAAAAGGAGCAUGGGCUCUGCUCUGGCCCCCAGGAGCCUCGAGCCCUGCAGCUCUGCCGUGGAUGCUCUGCAGGCCAUGCUGCUUCGGGGCGGCAACGAGGAUGUGGUGCAGCGCAUGGAGCUGGAGGGAGGCUGGCGGCUGCUCAGGACCUCGGCGGGGCACGAGGAGGGGGUCGCCCGGCUGGCCAGCGCCAUGGCCAAGUUUGCCGGCCCCCGGCUGCCCCUGGUGAUGAAGGAGCUCGUGUGCACACAGAGCAGCGUGUAUGAGAUCCAGCGGGUCACCUCCACAGGAUUCCUGGCCGAGCUGCUCAACAGCAGCGCCGCGGAUGACCUCAUGCUCCUGGAGCCGCUGCUGGACAACCUGGCGGCCCGGCAGAAGGACCCGUGCACCAGCGUGCGGCGGCUGGUGCUCCGAGGACUGGCCAACAUUGCUUCUGGCUCCCCAGACAAGGUGCGGGCCCACGGCCCCCAGCUCCUGACGGCUGUGAUUGGCGGGCUGGACGACAGGGACGACCCUCACAGCCUGGUGGCCCUGGAGGCCAUGCUGGGCCUUGCAAGGCUGUUGGACCUGGCGGAGCCCCAGGACCUGCGCCCCGUGCUGCUGCAUGUCGCCAUCCGGAUCCGGCCCUUCUUCGACAGUGAGAAGAUGGAGCUCCGUUCUGCCUCCAUCCGCCUCUUUGGGCACCUCAACAAGGCCUGCCACGGAGGCUGUGAGGACGUGUUCCUGGAGCAGGUGGUUGGCGGGCUGGUGCCCCUGCUGCUGCACCUGCGGGACCCCCAGGCCCCCGUGACCAGCGCCUGCAGGUUCGCCCUGUGCAUGAGCGGCCCCAACCUCAAGUGUGAGCAGCUGGUGGCCGCCCUGCAGAAGCACCUCCAGGAGGGGCGGGGCCUGCACUUCGGGGAGUUCCUCAACAGCACCUGCAAGCUCCUGAUGCACCACUUCCCAGACCUGCUGGGCCGCCUGGUGAGCACCAGCCUGUUCUACUUCAAGAGCAGCUGGGAGGACGUCCGUGCUGCCGCCCCCAUGCUCACAGGGUUCCUGGUGCUGCACGUGGAGGCCGAGCAGCGGCCACAGGUGGACCUGGAGCAGCUCACCACAGCGCUCCAGCUGCUGCUCAAGGACCCAGCCCCCCUGGUGCGCAUGAAGGCCGCCGAGACGCUGGGCCGCCUGGUGAAGUUCGCCUGAGGCUCCCGCAACAGCACGACCCCUACAGGCAGCAGGGGCCUGAAUCCCCAAGAUGGGGCCCUGAGGAGCCCCCGGCCCGAGGCGGAGUGGGGAGCUGCCGGUGCCCCUGCCACGAGUCGAAGGCCUGCCCUUCUGGAGGAGGCCGCUGGAGGCCAUUGUGGGGGGCGGGGGGGCAAGUUGCUGUACCCCCCACUCCCGUUUCCAAUAAAGCCAGUGGCUCCUCAGCAGGUGGCUUGGGAGUGCAAGGACCUGACCUAUCCGU